AUGCUGAAGCCAGGCGACCCCGGCGGAUCGGCGUUCCUCAAGGUGGACCCUGCCUACCUCCAGCACUGGCAGCAGCUUUUCCCUCACAGCAGUCAGCUCAAAGGCGGCGCCGGGCUGCUGGGCCACCUCCAGGCGUCGGACAGACCCGCCGACCCUCCGGCGGACGGUCUGCGCCAGCUGCCGGCCCCGCUCUCCUCGGCUUCCUCCUCCUCCUCCUCCUCCUCUUCUUCCACCCCGUCUUCCUGCGCCGCCGCUUCCCUGGCCAGCUUGACCUCGCUCCCCGUGGCUCAGAUCCCUGUCUUUGGACCGGUCCAGAGCUCCGAGUCCCCCACCGGAGCCCCGCUUUCCUUGCUACAGACCAAGGACCUGGCAGGAGGCGGCGGCGGCGUAGCAAAGUGCCCCGACAGGGUAGCCGCCAGGUUCCGCUGCACGGCCGAAGAGCUGGACUAUUACCUGUAUGGACAGCAGCGCAUGGAAAUCAUCCCUCUCAACCAACAUACCGGGGACCCCAACAAUCGAUGUGAUAUGUGUGCUGAUAACCGUAAUGGAGAAUGCCCCAUGCAUGGUCCUCUGCACUCUUUGCGCCGCCUGGUGGGCACUAGUAGCGCUGCAGCAGCGGCACCUCCACCUGAGAUUCCCGAGUGGCUUCGGGAUCUGCCACGGGAAGUGUGUUUAUGCACCAGCACUGUGCCUGGUUUGGCUUAUGGCAUUUGUGCUGCCCAGAGGAUUCAGCAGGGCACCUGGAUUGGGCCCUUCCAAGGAGUUCUUCUUCUUCCAGAAAAGGUGCAGACUGGAGGAACCAGGAAUACGCAGCACCUCUGGGAAAUAUAUGACCAAGAUGGGACACUACAGCACUUUAUCGAUGGUGGGGAACCUAGUAAGUCAAGCUGGAUGAGGUAUAUUCGAUGUGCAAGGCACUGUGGGGAACAGAACUUAACAGUAGUCCAGUACAGGUCAAAUAUAUUCUACAGAGCCUGUAUGGAUAUUCCCAGGGGUACAGAGUUGUUGGUGUGGUACAAUGACAGCUACACAUCUUUCUUUGGAAUUCCUUUGCAGUGCAUUGCCCAGGAUGAGAACUUGAAUGUACCUUCAACUGUAAUGGAAGCCAUGUCAAGACAAGAUACCCUCCAACCAUUUAACAAAAGUAGCAAACUACCUUCUGCCACUCCCCAGCGAUCCAUAGUGUUUCCACAGACUCCAUGUAGCAGAAAUUUCUCCCUUCUGGAUAAAUCAGGGUCUAUCGAAUCAGGAUUUAACCAGAUCAGUGUGAAAAACCAGCGAGUCCUUGCAAGUCCGACAUCUACAAGCCAAUUAAAUUCCGAGUUUAGUGACUGGCAUCUUUGGAAAUGCGGGCAAUGCUUUAAGACUUUCACCCAGCGGAUCCUCCUGCAGAUGCAUGUGUGUACACAGAAUCCUGACAGGCCCUAUCAGUGUGGACACUGCUCCCAAUCCUUCUCCCAACCUUCAGAGCUACGGAACCACGUAGUCACCCAUUCCAGUGACAGACCUUUCAAGUGUGGCUAUUGCGGUCGUGCCUUUGCUGGUGCUACUACCCUCAACAAUCAUAUCCGGACACACACAGGGGAGAAGCCCUUUAAGUGCGAGAGGUGUGAGAGAAGCUUCACACAAGCCACCCAGCUGAGUCGACACCAGAGGAUGCCCAAUGAGUGCAAGCCAAUAACAGAGAGCACAGAAUCAAUUGAAGUGGAUUAA